AUGUCUAUAACGCUUCUAGCACAAUUAAGACCGUGUUUGCGAUCACCAGCAGCCAAAUUGACCGCAACUCGGGACUUCACCAUCUCCCACCGUUUGCGCGACCCUGCCGCCGCAGAUGUAGCGGCGUCAUUCCUCUCGCGCUUCCAGUCAUUAGGGCCUCAGACCCGCACUCAAACCCUAGAUGCCAAUCAACUCCAGCUUCUAACCCUCACACUCAACCGUCCUUCCCUAUUUCCCGGCUCGUCAUCACUGUCCAAUGCCCCACUGGGCCCGCCGGCCGAAACACCCAUCCCGCCUGGUUACCACCUAGUAUACUUUACGCCAGCUUUCCUGGAAACCGAGCUCGGUGCAGACGGCACAGAUACAUCAUACAAUCCCGAUGCACCCUUUACACGACGCAUGUGGGCAGGUGGUGAGGUGCUCUGGCCGAGAAAUUCGGAAGGGCAGCCCAACUUAUUGCGCGUGGGGCAGGAGGUGCGCGAGACGACACACGUACUCAGUGCUGAGCACAAGGUUGUCAAAAAGACGGGCGAAGAUAUGCUAGUGGUCGGGGUCGAGAAGGUGUUUUCGAAUGAACAAGGCGUCUCUGUCGUUGAUCGGAGGCAUGUGCUCAAUGAUUGA